GCAUUCGUCUGCGGAAGAAGUGACAAAGCGCACGGCGAGCGAAAGUGUAGCCCCACAGUAUCGCGGCUCACGGUAGUGAAAGUGAUUUGCGAUCGGCGAUUGACGGUGUCUUGCAUCUCUGAAGAUGGCUGAGCGCUGGCGCUGUACAGAAAAGGUGCUCGGCAACCACUUUUGGCUGACGCUUUUGGUUUCGUUUGUAUUGCAAUUCAGCGGAAUUCAAGCUCAGCAGCUGAUACCGCAGCAACAACAGUUUUUCAACAGGCAACCCCAGUCUCUGCUGUCACCACAACAGCAAGGGCAAAUCCUUAGUGACAUUCAACAACAUCAGCAGAGAUUCAACCAACAGCUUGGAGCGUUUCAACCACAGCGUUUUGCAAUUAAUCAAGAACUGCCACAACAACAGCAACAGCAAUCGGAUCCGCUGCAUCUGAUUGAGCAGCAGAUCAAGAGCUUAGACCCAGAGAGGCAUAAACAAAAAAUUAAGGAGUUGAGAGAAAAGCAAGCCAUCAUUGAGAAGCAUAAUAAUUUUGUGGAGAAGCAGUACGAGAAGGCAUUGAAAAAAGCUCAGCAGGAUCAUCAAGAAUUUUUGGAACAGCAAAAGGAACAAAAGAAGAAGCUGUACCAACGUCUAUACAAAGUGACAAGCAGCGAAAAGGUUCCGUAUUCCCCACCUCUUGCACCUCGUGUGAUCUACCCCGAAGAGAUACCGCUUUUCGAGCAGGCGGUUAGACAAUAUUAUGUCGAACAUCCGACGACUACCACUACUACCACCACCACCACCACCACCACCACCACAACCACUCCUGAACCAUCCACGUUCGAAGACUCGAAAUCGUCCCCAUCUUCUGGAACAACGGUUGAAACAUUUCUUCCCACAGCUCUACCCCAAGCGAGUAAAGUGAAAACCAUUCAGUCCUUAGAAGACUUGGACCAGUUACAGAAGCAGUACAAAAUGCAGAAGAUCCGGAAGAACGAUUUGUUGGAACAGCUGAGGCUAGCCAUCACCAGCAGCAGGACCGAUCCUAAGGAUUUGGCAUCAAGUAGCUCCAAAGCUACCUACAAAACUGAGGAAAUCGUUUUACCUAACGGAGAGAGGGUAGAAGUGAUCAGGACCAGCGAUCCCAGCUUAGUACCGAAUGGUGUUAAAAUAGGAUCGGGCAGUAACCUGGAGAAGUUGGUGCUCUCGAGAAUCACCUCUACCACAACAGUCAAACCACCAGAGGCACUUCUUGAGGAAUUGACGAAGGGCGGUGUCACAAACUACGAGAUUUUGAAGACUGGAGCCACCGGCGGACUCGAAUCGGUUGGAAAGCAACUGCCGCAUCAGAAGAAGGUAACUUUUGUAUUGCUAGAGGAGCAGAGCGACGGAACUCUGAAGGUACAGGGAAUUAAGGGCAACGGUGGAAAGGACAAGUCAGACGUGGACGUGGACUCUAUCUUGAAGAAGAUCAACCAAGGUGAAAUCAAAUUACCUUCAUCACUUGGCUCGAUCGUCUCUACAAGUACAGAGAAAAUUACGACUAGUGCUUCAGCCACCACGUUUCGGCCGGUAAUUGCGACGAUCAUACCGAAUUCUUUUGCUACCGGGAACGAGGAUUACACGAAGAACUUAACGCGAGAAGUAGAUCCAGAAAAUAUUUCACUACUGAAGACCCACAUUGGCAGUCAAACGGUAUCAUCAUCAACGAUUACUGAUUUGUUGGACAACGAGUUUACCGGAACCACAGUUAUAGGUACUGGAGCAGCUACUUCGAAGCACACAAGGACAUCGCACAUUUUGAAUCAACCGCAAGAACCACAGGCUGGUGAUUUAACUAGACAGGCGUCGAUCAGUCAAAGCUCCGUGGUUGAACCACGUAAACAACAAAAAACGAAUCCUGGCGAUCCUUUAUCAACUACUCCGGGCAUCACAAGUGAAAGUUUAAGGGAUACUACUAGCGCAACCGCCAAUACAAGCUUAGCAGGGAAAGAUAUUUCCGAAAUAUUGAAGCGGGAAGAAAUGUUUGCGAUGGCCAAGUUUUUGAAGCAGUCCGGCUUAGACACGAUUCUGAACGAAACCGGCCCUUACACCAUAUUUGUACCUACAGAUAGAGCAUUCAGGACACUUCUUGUGCAAUUGGGCGGGCCGGAAAGAGCCGAGGAGAAAUUUCGGGAAAAUCCAAGACUUCUCAGUGGGCUGUUGUUGCACCACGUGAUUCCGGGUGCAUUCAAGAUCGAGUCUCUGCAAGACGAAAUGACUGGAGUAUCUCUGGCCGGCACACAAUUGAGAGUCAACCAGUACAACAUGCAUGAUGCGGAGUGGAACGAUAUCAAGAUCACAACAAUAAAUGGCGCGAAGGUGACUGAUGAAAAGAAGGACAUUUGGAUACCUCAAGGCAUAGCACACGGAAUAGAUAGGGCAAUGUUUCCAUUACCGGUAGGUGAUAUAGUCCAAACGUUGCAAUCGGACAAAGAAAGGAGGUUCACCACCCUGCUUAGACUCAUUUUUGGUGCCGGUAUGGCUGAUACUCUACAAGGUCCAAAAACGUUCACUUUGUUCGCACCCACGGAACGAGCAUUCUCGUCGAUGUCGCCGACCGAUGUAGCGAAACUUGUAGGAGACAAGCAAGCCGCUCGAGACAUGGUGCUACGUCAUUUGUUGGCAGGCACACUGUACACGGCUGGCAUGAGAUAUUACCAGAUCAAGAACAGCAUGCUCGAUGAUAAGAUUCUCACGUUCAGCAAACAGGGAGGUAAAGUGAAGGUGAACAACGUGCUUAUCUCCACGCAGAACGUUCCUGCGACAAAUGGUGUUAUCCACGCCAUAGAUUUCCUGUUGUGAUGAUAAUUGUGAACUUCGUUGUUCUCGACUAAGUGUUAAUUUAUUUCUGUUGUGUUAGGUCUUAUUAUGUUAUCUAAAUGUCCAAGAGUUCUUUGUUUUUUAUGUGCGAACGAAAGUGGAUUGUUUGUCAAUGAAAGUGAUUGUCGAAUUACAAACCCCUGAACAUUCCUAACAGAAAUCUUGUGCCUUUAGAAUCUCGUUUCUAUUAUACGAUAAGCUCUCCUACAAAUACAAUCUCUCGAACGUUUUAUAUUAUGACUGAAGCUCUAAACUUAUGGUGUAUUAUUAUACAUAUACAAUAUAGUAUAAGUCUAUGUUAUUAUUGAGCUAUAUUUUAGAGAUAGGUGGUGUACAG